UUGCGCAUUCACAUCGAAUAAAUGGUAUUGCGCCAAAAAAAAACUAGCAAAAUAAACAAAAGGAUUUAAUAUCAUGUCGGAUGAGGAAAAUGUACCCGAAACUCAGAUGGAGAACGAUGUAAGCGAUGGAGCGGGGUUAGAGGAAGAGGACGACGAUGAUAUGGAACAAAUAACAGCUCAAAAGGUCCUGGAAAUUCUCGAAACAGCCUGGAUCAAUGAAAUGUGCGCCCCCGAGAUCCUGCCUAGUCAAGUGGACAUGCUGGAGUUAAUGGUAUCGCAAGUGGCCCACAUGGAGGAGCAGAUGCGCGACCUGGACAAGAAUGAUUUUCGUGCGGUGGUCCAUGGGAUGGAGCUGGAGCGCGUCCGCUAUAUUAUGGCUAGCUAUUUGCGGUGCCGGCUACAGAAGAUCGAGACCUUCACCCAGCAUAUUUUGAACCAGGAGGAAGCACGUGAUCCGGACGAGAAGAGACUGUCCCCCGAAGAAACUAAAUUCGCACAGGACUUUGCCGGACAUGUUGACGAGUACUUUCACAAGGUGGCGACCCAGUAUAUGCCCAAUCAACAGCGCGGAGAGGCUGAGCUGAGAAUCGUAACACCCAACCUUAUGAGCCAUGUCUUCCUGAAGGCUAACGUGGCGGUUCCGGCUGUGAUCGUGGGUGUUGAUGACGAGGAGGUGGACAUGGCGGCUGGGUCCCAGCAUAUUAUUCCGUAUCAACUAGUUGCUGACUUGAUACAGAAUAAUCAGGCACAACUAAUAUAAUAGGUAAUCAAUAAACAAAAAUAUAAAAAAAUUAAA